AUGCGGAGGUUCCCAAAGGAUCAGCUAAGUGUUACUGUGCUGAGUUUUAUCACAUGGGACGCUGCAGAUCGCGCAUUCCAGGCAAACGUCUUCGAUGGUGACGACCUCCAGAUCACGUUCUCCCAGUUACGUGAGCUUCUGGACACGCCGCUACACCCCGUUAAAUAUCAGAAACACUUGCUUGCAGCGCGCGGGAUAUCGGAGAGACCACCGAAGCGUCUGCGUGUCGCGUGA